GCUCUCUCUCGGGCCCUCGCGCCAGACAGUUUGUUUUCCGUGUGACGUGUUUCCGUCUCCGGUAAAGCUGUCAUGGCGCUGGAAACCGUUCAAAGGAUGAUGGACGACGAAGAAUUGGAGGAUGGGGAGGUCAGCGAUUCCGACACCGACAUGAAAGUAGGGGCCACCGGCGACAAGGCCCAGCAUCAGCAGAAACUUAAUUACAGAAGUAACACUCAUCUUCCAUCCAGUAUCCCAUACCGUUCCAUUAAGGGACUGGAUUCUAGUGACGAUAGCCUUUCAGAUUCUGGUGACGAAGAUAUAGCGCCAUGGAGACGAAAACGUCAGAAAUCUUCUCAUCCGCCUCCAGAAAUUUCCAGGCCAGCUUUUCCUUUUGUUCCAGGCCAGGAGAGACAGACUGGGUCAUCAGGUGCAAAACUAAACAUCUGGGCUAGUGUUUUACAAGAACAGACACAAGAGGCAGUAGCAUCUGAGCUUGGUAUAAUGGACAUGGAAGGCCAAAUAGACAUGAGCAGGCAGUCUGAAACAUAUAAUUAUAUCCUAGCAAAGAAAAUGAUGGAGAAGACAAACCAAGAGGAGCAAUUGAAACUUGAUAAAGAAUUGGAUGAGUACAUGCAUGAGGAUAAGGAUUCUGUACCAAAAGAGGAGAAUGGUCAUUUAAAGAGAAAGCGACCUUUAAAGGACAGGCUUGGGGCUCGGUUAGAAAUGGAUUACAAGGGGAGAUAUGAAAUAACAGAGGCUGAUCCAGAAGACAAAGUAGCAAAUGAAAUUGCAUAUAGACUUCAAGAGCCCAAAAAAGAUCUAAUACAGCGGAUUGUGAAAACAGUUGGAACAAAGAAGGCUAUCGAGCUUCUCAUGGAGACUGCAGAGGUGGAACAGAGUGGCGGACUCUUCAUUAUGAAUGGUAGCAGGAGGCGCACCCCAGGUGGAGUGUAUCUGAACUUGCUGAAAAACACACCAAGCAUUACAUCAGAGCAAGUGAAGGAAAUCUUUUUGGAAGAAAACCAGAAGGAAUAUGCAAGUAAAAAGGCAGCGCAAAAGAGAAGGAGGCAUAUAGUUGGGAAGAAGAUGAAACAAGCUAUCAAAGGUCUUAGUUUUCAGGAGCAUGAUGAUACUUCAAGAGAAACAUUUGCAAGUGAUACCAAUGAAGCAUUGGCUUCUCUAGAUGAUGAACACACUGAGAUGAAACCUGAUACUGAAGAUGUAUUUGAUAUUGAUAAUACCCACGACCUUGAGACGUUCUAACAGAUUUUUUGUUUUGACAUGGCAAAACUGGUGGGUUUGUUUGGGUAAAUUCAAUAAAGAAAUAUUGCAGAGGAUUGCUCAUUAA